GUGUUUGGAUUUUAGUGUGCAUUCAUACGUGAAACAAAGAGGAGGAACCAGUGGAGGGUUUUGUUUUUCUCACCCAUCUCCUCAUCUGGGACCUCACUGCCUCCUGUGUGUGACUGAAGUCAUGCCGAUCGUGUCUGCCAGCGCAGGGCUACAUGAGACUUUGGCUCUUCUCACCUCUCAUCUCCACCCUGAUACUAAAUAUAAAGAAGACCUGGUCUUCCUCAAAGAGGUUUUCAGUGACAGAAGCAUUGGAUACCUCAUGAAGAUCCACGAGAAGCUCAAGCAUUUUGAGAAACGAAGCCCAAGUCCGGUUCUGCACAGCGCCUCCUGUUUGGCAAAGGAUCUUGCAGAAGAGCUUCAGAACGGACCACUAGAGGGCGAUGAGAGAGAGCUGCUACUUCUGCUCAGUACUCCUCACCUCAAGGCAGUGUUGUCAGCCCACGAUACAGUCGCCCAGAAAAACUUUGACCCGGUGCUGCCACCGCUGCCGGAUGAUCUGGACGAGGACCUCGAGGAGGAGUCAGUGAAGAUUGUCCGCCUGGUGAAGAACAAGGAGCCCUUGGGUGCAACCAUUCGGAGAGAUGAGGCGACAGGGGCCGUAAUUGUGGCCAGAAUCAUGAGGGGAGGGGCAGCUGAUCGCAGCGGUCUGGUGCACGUGGGAGAUGAGCUCCGAGAGGUCAACGGGAACCUGAUAACCCACAAAAGGCCAGACGAAAUCACUCAGAUUCUGUCCCACUCACAAGGCUCCAUCACACUAAAAAUCAUUCCAGCUGUUUUGGCAGAUGACAAACUGAAGGAAAGCAAGCUCUACCUUCGAGCUUUGUUCGAUUACACACCUUUUGAGGAUAAGGCCAUGCCGUGCCAAGAGGCGGGGCUCUCUUUUAAGCGAGGUGAUAUUCUUCAGGUGGUGAGCCAAGAGGACGCCACCUGGUGGCAGGCCAAGAAAGUAGGCGACUGCAGCCUUCGUGCUGCCUUGAUCCCCUCCACACAAUUCCAGGAAAGGCGCCUGAGAUACAGGAUGAAAGUUGGCUCCUUUCCUGCUCUUAUGUCCUCCAAGGCCCCGCCUUAUAAUCACCCUUUGAAUAAACAAACUUGUGACAGUGAGGGAGCUGUGAAUGGAAGGGAUGUAGCUAGCUUGCGUAGAAGUUUCCGCCUUCGGAAGGACCACCAGAAUACGUCUGUAGAAGCUUGUGUUCCAGAAUCCACUCAGACGGACCUUCUGAUUUAUGAAGAAGUCUCCAAAUACCUGCCCAGUUCUAGCGAGAGGCCCCGCCUUAUAGUAUUGAUUGGUUCUCGAGGCGCACGAGUUGCUGACCUCAAACAGAAGGUGAUCACUGAAAAUCCACGGCGUUAUGGUCUGGCUGUGCCUCACACCACACGAGCCCGAAAGAGUCACGAGCGAGAGGGAGUGGAGUACCACUUCACCACUAAAGCAGCCUUUGAAGCAGAUAUUCACGAUGGAAAAUUUAUUGAAUACGGGGAGUACAAAGACAAUCUGUACGGUACCAGUCUGCAGUCGAUCCGCACAAUUCUGGAUCAAAACAAACUGUGUGUGGUUGAUCUGCAACCUGAGGCACUCAGAACUCUACGGACAGCUGACUUCAAACCGUAUAUUGUCUUUGUGCGGCCUCAUAUCUACGACUGUCGCAGAAAAAACCUCAGUUCCUCGUCCUCUCUCGGUGCCGGGAUCACAGAAGAGAGCCUUCAGGACAUGAUGCAGUCGGCUGAGCGGAUUGACGAGUGUUAUGGCCACUGGGUGGACUACGUCUUAGUGAAGGAGGACCCCAUCAGUGCCUUAGCGGAGCUCCAGCUCCUACUGGAUAAGGUGCAGCUGGAGCCCCAGUGGGUACCCGUGUCCUGGAUUAAGAAGAGCUAACCGGCUGCCUGGAGAAUGAUUGGUUCAUGCUGGAACACAGGUGGAGUCGGAGGAGGUUGUGUCACUGCUGUA